AUGUCUACUGAAUCUGCUUUGUCUUACGCCGCUUUGAUCUUGGCCGACGCUGAGGUCGAGAUCACUGCCGACAAGUUGGCUACCUUGGUUUCCAAGGCCAACGUCGAGGUUGAGCCAAUCUGGGCUGACCUUUUCGCCAAGGCUUUGGACGGUAAGAACUUGAAGGAGUUGUUCUUCAGCUUCUCUUCUGCUCCAGCUGCUUCUGCCGGUGCUUCUGCUGCUGCCGGUGGUGCUGCUGCUGAGGAGGCUGCUGAGGAGGCUGCCGAGGAGGAGAAGGAGGAGUCCGAUGACGACAUGGGCUUCGGUUUGUUCGACUAA